CGAUCGGCUUCAGUAUUUAUUUUGACGCGUCGAGUUACACUUUCCUAACAGUUCGGUGCAUGCAAUAAGUUCCACCCAUCGAUUCGAAGAGAUGGCCUACCAAAUGGAUUUGGACGUUGGCAUGAAGUGCAUCAAGUACAUGCUCUUCGUGGCCAAUUUUAUGUUUGUGAUGAUUGGAUUUUUGUUGAUAUCCAUAGGAACAACCAUCGAGGCAAUUUAUAGAGACUUCGAAGUGUUUAUGGAAAGUCACUUCUUCAGUCCUGCAGCACUUUGCGUCGCAAUUGGAGUCAUUAUUUUCUUCGUGGCACUUUUCGGAUGUCUCGGUGCCCUCAAGGAGAGCACCUGUCUCGUCAACACUUUUGCCUAUUGUUUGAUUGUUAUUUUGAUUUUGGAGAUUUCGGCCUCCAUUGCUGCUUAUGCUAUGAGGAAUGACCUGAAGGGCUACCUUAGGUCCAACAUGAACGACUCUUUGGAUGUCUACAUUAUUAGUGCGGAAGAUAAGGAAGGUUGGGACAACAUGCAAAAAACUUUGAGUUGCUGUGGAAUAGAAUCGUCACAAGAUUUUACCAGAAAAAAUAUUAGUAUCCCAGAUUCUUGUCGCAGCUGCGAUCAAGAGAACUGCACCCAAGAGCAACCUUUAUAUAAAUCUGGUUGUCUGGAUAGAUUGACUUACCUUGUCUCUGAAUGUGCAUUGCUCCUUGGGAUUGGAGCCCUUUGCGUUUCCUUCAUUCAAAUUUUGGGAAUUGUUUUUGCCAAAAUGUUGGCGAAAUCGAUCAGGAAAUUGAAGACGGAACGUUUGGUGCAGCGCGAGGAAAACAGACGCAGGAUUUACCAACAGUGGACCGAGAACAACGCACAACAAGAGAAAGCUUCCCACUCAGAAGCAUAAUUAUAAAUAAAUAUUAUUACAGAUUUUUACUAGUGCCGUUCAUUUUUCUACACUAAUAACUCUAAUCACAUCUUGUAUUAAAAUUUAAGGGAAUUGUGUUAUGUAGGUUAAACAUAAAUUAAUUAAAUAAAGAAAUAAAUUAA